AUGCGCAAACCCAUCCCCAUCUCCAUCCACGCUCCCAGAUCAGCUGACCUCGACCUCCCGCCGCUGGCGCGUCUCGAUAUCGCCGCCAACUCAUCUCAUCCGCUUGUCGCACUCUCGUUUCCAUACCCUUUCCAAGCCUUAAAACUCUUUCUUGCGCAUUUAAGAUUCUGUUUUGAGAGGAAGGGGGAGUAUGGGAUUUUGGUGGCGAGGGUGAGAUGUGGUGUGGCGAAUGAGUCUGACAGCUCAGACGCGGAUUCGGGGGUUGAUGUUUCGCUUGAGGGAGAGGAAGAUAGUGGGAACGAGGGUGCUAAGGGCGAGAUUGUGGGAUUUAUAAUGUGGAGAAACGUCCCGUCAUUUCAGAAAAGGGAGGGAGAAGAAGUAGAAGAAUGGGAUUGGCUCUCCCAGUUACCGAGAGGUGCAAACACGAGCCUUUGGAAGCGGUAUACCGAAGUCAUGAGUUCAGAUCCUGGAACAAAUGAGAGCGAUAGUGUCGAAAUUCUGAAAGUCGCAGUCUCACCACAGCACCAACGGCGCGGUAUCGGAACCAAAUUGCUCAAGGCAUGUCUUGAUGAAGUUGGGGAACGAGAUGUUCGUGUACGUGCCUCGAAGGAUGCGAAGGCGCUGUAUGAGAGGUAUGGGUGGAGGUGCGAGAAGGAAUUCAAGCUGGACUUGAGAGAGUGGGGGAGGUGUAGGACGUAUGCUAAUUUUGACAUGGUUCGAUCUGCUGAUGCUUGA